AUGGAGGAGGACGAGGAGAACUUCGGCGCUGGUGGCUUCCCCUCGGCACUAGAUGUUGGCGGGGAGGGGACUUCUGCUUCCCAGCCUGGCACUGACCGUCUCUCGGCGGACCGGGAGGACCUGGACACCGUCAUUGAGGACAUCGCCAAGAGCACCGUGGUGGAGGCCGAGAAGAUCGCCGCCGAGGAAAAUGCCAGGGGUGCUGCGGAGGACGCCGCCGAGGGGCCUGCCGGGGAGCUCGGCAAAGCUACUGCCGAGGAGGCUGGCAAGGGGCCUGCCGGAGGGACCGACAAGGCUGCUGCCGAGGAGGAGGACACGCUGAACAGCGCCCUGACGGAGGCACAGGGCACGGCCGUCAGUAGGGCCGGGGAGCUCUCUGAGGCCAACAACGCCAUCAAGGACCUCAGGCUAAAGCUGGAGGGCCUUGAGAAGAUGCUGUCGGAGGCGAGGGCCCGAGAGGGGACCCUGACCAAGGAUGUGGAGGCCGAGAAGCUGCAGCAAAGGAACGAAGCUGCCAGCCACAAGGAUUUCGUGAACGAGUCCAGCCACCUGGAGCUCCUCGACGCCGGCCAGAUCCUACGCCCUGGAGACCUGGGUCCCCGCCAGACCUCCUUCCUCUGCGCCAAGUCCGCCCGCCAUGCCCCAUUUCGCCUCGGCCUCGACCGAGAAGAACAAGCAGCGCUGCUGCCUUCUUCAGCUCCGCCCGCACGCCACCUCGCCGGAGAACGCCCUCCUCGCCCGGAUCCCCGCGCCCUGUCUUUUCGUCCAUGCCGGCGAGUUCCUCCCGCGUCGUCGUCUUCUCUGCAUCAAGCCGCGCCGCCGCGCCAAGUCCCCUGCAUUGCGCCCCCGCCUGCUAUCGUCUCGCUCGAGAACGAGCGAGCGCCCGCCUCGUCCAGCCUUCCCUGUUUCCGGUCGCCAUCUCCGGCGAGUGCAGACGCCAGUGAAGCCCCGCAGGUCGCCGUCUCCCUCCUCCCAUCUUCCUUUUCCUCCCGCGUUCUCCCGUUGCAUGUCUUAUCUCUGUCUCUCUCCCAUGGUCAGGAGAACCCCGUCGCCAGAAUGCACAGGAGCCACCUCCUGCCGUCGCCCGGAUCCGGCGCCCCUUCGCCCGUCCUCGCCGGAUUGAGCAGCCGCCGCGCCCCUGCCAAGCCCGCCUCCUGUCGCCAAGCGCCGCCGCUGCCAGACGCCCCCGCGGCGUCGACCUGCUGCCUGACACUUCCUCUGCUUCGCUCGACUGGAUGCAGCCGCUCGCCCCGUUAA